AGCCCGGGGUAUCGUCCUGUGCGUUCCUGGUUGCAGACUCUUGCCAGCCGCAUGCCCGGUGUGGAUGAAAGAUGUAUUAUGGAAUGAACCCGAGCCAUGGAGACGGAUUUCUAGAGCAGCAGCAGCAGCAGCAGCAGCCCCAGUCCCCCCAGAGACUCUUGGCCGUGAUCCUGUGGUUCCAGCUGGCCCUGUGCUUCGGCCCCGCUCAGCUCACGGGUGGCUUCGAUGACCUCCAGGCGUGUGCCGACCCCGGCGUCCCCGAGAAUGGCUUCAGGACGCCCAGCGGAGGGGUUUUCUUCGAAGGCUCCGUCUCCCGCUAUCAUUGCCAGGACGGAUUCAAGCUGAAGGGCUCUACGAAGAGACUGUGUGUGAAGCAUCUCAAUGGGACCCUGGGGUGGAUCCCGAGUGAUAGAUCCAUCUGUGUGCAAGAAGACUGCCGAAUCCCUUUCAUCGAAGAUGCGGAGAUCCAGAACAGGACCUACAGACACGGAGACAAGCUGAACAUCACCUGCCACGAGGGGUUCAAGAUCCGGUACCCCGACCUGUACAACCUGGCUUCCUUAUGUCGCGACGACGGGACGUGGGACAACCUGCCCAUCUGUCAAGGCUGCCUGAGGCCACUGGCUUCUUCCAACGGCUACGUGAACAUCUCUGAGUUCCAGACCUCCUUCCCGGUGGGCACGGUCAUUGCCUACCGCUGCUUCCCCGGGUUCAAGCUCGAGGGGUCGGAAUAUCUCGAGUGCUUACACAACCUUAUCUGGUCGUCCAGCCCACCGCGGUGCCUUGCUCUGGAAGUCUGCCCGCUACCUCCCAUGGUGAGCCACGGCGACUUCGUCUGCCACCCGCGGCCUUGCGAUCGCUACAACCACGGGACCGUCGUGGAGUUCUACUGCGACCCCGGCUACAGCCUCACCAGUGACUACAAGUACAUCACCUGCCAGUACGGGGAGUGGUUUCCUUCCUAUCAAGUCUACUGCAUCAAGUCAGAGCAAACGUGGCCCAACACCCACGAGACCCUCCUGACCACGUGGAAGAUCGUGGCGUUCACGGCGACCAGCGUGCUGCUGGUGCUGCUGCUCGUCAUCCUGGCCAGGAUGUUCCAGACCAAGUUCAAGGCCCACUUCCCCCCGAGGGGGCCCCCCAGGAGUUCCAGCAGCGACCCCGACUUCGUGGUGGUGGACGGUGUGCCCGUGAUGCUUCCGUCGUACGACGAGGCCGUGAGCGGCGGCUUGAGUGCCUUAGGCCCCGGUUACUGGUUUUAUGCCCCCGGGGGCCAGGGCUGCCCCUUGCCCGUGGAUGACCAGAGCCCCCCGGCCUACCCCGGCUCCGGGGACACGGACACCGGCCCCGGGGAGUCAGAAACCUGUGACAGCAUCUCGGGCUCCUCCGAGCUGCUCCCGAGUCUGUACCCAUCCCCCACGUGCCCAGGGGGCACCCGUCCUGCUUCCGACAACAACCCCAGCACGGCGGCCAGCACGGCGGGGGAGGUGGCAUCCACCAGCCCGGGCAUCGACAUCGCAGACGAGAUCCCGCUCAUGGAAGAGGACCCGUAGCCCAGAAGGAGCUCCCAGGCCCAGCACUCCAGCUGCCCCUUUGGGAGCGGAACCCGGUCCCAUGGAGGGAACCACAGAAGGACAGAGCGUGGGGUGGGGGCGCGUUCUCCUCUGUCCACGACUCACGUCGUAUGUCACAGACUCAGCAGGGGGUGUUGGACACGGCCCCACGACGGCGGCAGACCUUUGACCUGGGGCCUGCGGGUUUGCCGAGACCACGGGGGAACCGAGGGAUGAGGGGAGCCCCCCGCCCCCGUGUGUGUGCUGGGGAACAGAACGCAGUCCACGCACGGGCCACCGGAUCCCGCAUCCCACCGACGUAUGUCACGCGUGCCACCUGCGUCUCCCGAAAGCAUGUCACAUUGUGUAAAUCCGCUUCCACAUCUGCUUCCAACCCUCCCUGGAUCCCCCGUGAAGCUGAUGGGCCUCGAGGGGAAGCCUGGGUCCGGCUGCGGGAAGAGCAGCAGCGCGCCCCCUGGAGGCGCCCCAUGGGAAGGUGCUCCGACGGCUCCCCGACAAUCUUCCUGGAUCUGGCGGUUUCUACUCAGCGAGACUAAAGCUCCCGCAGACCCAGCAAGAAGGAAAGGAGAGGAAGGGCGGGCAGGCUCUGCUUUCUGGAAGCUUCUUCGGAAAGGAGAGCCCAUGUCCUGCGUGCUGUCCUUGGGCGGAGUCGCGUGGCGGGGUGUGUUCACGGCCGGGUACCUGGGUCCCUGGCAAAGGAUCAGUCCUAUGACUCUACCAACGGCCAGAAUGUGUCCUGAUACAUCCCCUGGCAGCGAGGUUUUAAAGAGAUUCCGCUGGACACUGUGCCACGAGCCCUCAACUGUUCUGAGUGUGGCCCUCAGUCCCAAGCUUAGCCAUACUCUAUUUCCCGAACAGGAAUUGUUUCUGUCAACACAUCCCUCCUCCCAAUAAAGUGUGAGGUUGGAUUUA